ACUUCCUUCUAAUUUGUUUCUGUGAACAAUGUUUGUGCUAAGGAACGUUGCCGUGACAAUGGACUGGGAUCUACAACACCUUGACGUCUAACUAUAGCUACUAAACAUUCCAAAAUAAGUACGAUGGGAGCUGUUUUGGUAGCACUAGCAUGGGCCUGUAUCCUAGGUAUGGUGACAACACAAUACGAUGGCAGUAUCUGUCAGUCCAUGGACUACCGAGCCCUCACUAGAGAGCUGCAGAACGAACACCAGUGUAUGAUUCUGGAGAAAUUGCAGCGGGACUUUGAGGCAGAUAAAAAUUCAAGGGAGGGCCUCCUCAACGACCUUGUACGGAGAAUAGACAAGCUCAGCAAAAAGAUCUCGAAACUCAAAAAGUCAAAGGAAGAUGGCAAAGAAAAACCAUUGAAAUAUUCCCCAGCACUAAAGGGUGUUCCACUGAUUAGGGACUGCCAUGAGCUAAUAAUGAAUGGUAUCACAGUUAGCGGAGUGUACUCGGUUAAAAUGCCACUGGGCCGAAUCGUCAAUGUUUGGUGUGACAUGGAUACAGACAAUGGUGGCUGGACAGUCAUCCAGCGUCGUAUGGAUGGCAGUGUUAACUUCACUCGGAUGUGGAACGACUAUACUUUCGGAUUCGGCAAUGCUAACUCUGAGUACUGGAUAGGAAAUGAGAAUCUGUAUCAGAUGACCACUUAUUAUAACUACACCAUGAGAAUUGACAUGUAUGGCUGGGAAAAUGAUCACGCUUAUGCUGAGUAUGGGAUAUUUUUUAUUUCUUCCGAACAGAACGGUUUUCAACUGAACAUCGGAAAUUACCGAGGCACAGCUGGUGAUUCUCUUAACUAUCAUAAUGACAUGAAAUUCACCACCAUUGACAAGGACAAUGACAAAUGGUUCCUCAACUGUGCCGCUAAAGAUGGUGCUGGAUGGUGGUACAGGAAUUGUGGGUAUUCAUCACUCAAUGGUCUCUAUAUCCCUGGGGGCAACAAGACCAUUACACCCGACGGAAUCAUCAAGGGAAUAAUAUGGUUUCACUGGAAAUGGCUUUAUAACUACUCCUUACGGAAAACAGAAAUUAAGAUUAAACCCUCACUUGCUGUAAAGAUCGAACGUGAGCUCUUCACAGACCUUGACGACACACCAUCGACCGUAGAAACGCCUCAUACAGAGGUAGGAAUAGAUGAUACUGAGGAAGAGGAGAUUGAAGAGGAGACUGAUGAGGAAGAUUUUGAUGAAGGUUUUGAGGAAGGUUUUGAAGAAAACAUUGAAACUCAAGGGGGAUAACUUACACAUACUUGCACAGGCCAAAAGGACAUCGUGAUUGCAAUUUUUAAAGAGAUAAAGAUGUGUCAGAAUGUAUUUUGGUGUGAUCCCAAUCUGGAAAAUAGUUGUCUUUGUUUUCAUCUUACUAUUACAGAUAUUCUCAAAUCUUCCCUUUCAAACUUUACUGUGAUAUUAAAAAAACAAUUAUGCAUUAUAAUAUGUCUCGACUGUCCCCACUUUAUCAGUGUGUGUUAAGCAAGCUUCAAGAUAAUUAAAUAUUCUUUUCUUUAUUCUUUUUUUUUUUGUUUUUUUUUUUUUUUUGCAAAAAAAAUGGUUGUGAAAAUAUUGAUGCAAUGAAAAUUUCAUUGCAAAUUAGAAAAAAAAAAUUCAUCUCAAUAUGGCAAGCCUGUCCCAAAAAAAGCAUUCUUCCCAAGAAAUGAGAAGAAAACAUGUCUGAUAUCCUACAGAUCCUGUUUAAAUUUGACUAUAUUCUAUUUUUUAAAAUCAUUUGGAGGAGCAAUAUAGAUUAUGUAUAAGAGGUUUUGAAUCCCAAAUUACCCCCCCCCCCCCCCCCCCCCCCCCCAAAAAAAAAAAACAAAAAAAAAAAAAAAAAAAAAAAACUAUUAACUUGAGAUAUAAACAACAAAGAAACACUUUUAAUGAUUUGGUAAGUAUAACACUGGUCUGAGCUAAAUGCAAAACAUUAAAAGUCUUGUUUCCAAGCAUCCCUAAUUUCCAGAGUCAUAGAUUCCACAAAUGAUGAGUGUUGUGAUGUUCACUUUGUCUAAUUGUAUACCAAGUUCAGUUAUAGUCAAACAUAUACAUUUGUAUUGUUGAUUGAUGGAACAAAGAAGAAGAAGCAAUGUUCAUGUCAAUUGUAUACAGUAUAUGUAUUGCAUCAGAUAUAAAUAUACAAAUGAAACAGAAAUUGAUAUUUCAGUUAAAUGGAUGACUGGGAAAUUAAAUGCUGUUUGAGAUAUAAAUCAAACCAAAUACCCAACUGUUCAUAGUUAGUAUCCAAUUUAAGUUAUAAUAUUCUGACACAACCACUUAUCAAACAUAAUCAAAUUGAAAUUAUCACAAAAUACCUUCAUCAAAACUACAUAAUACCAAAAAUAUCAAAGUUUUAGUGCUUGAGUACUUUCAGUAUUUUGAUUCUGUUAUGAAAGCCAGGGCAGAAUAAUUCAGAAUAAAAAUAAAUUAUGAUAAUAAUAGAACUCUCAUAUUUGAAUUUUCUUUUUCUCUUCAAUCUCAAAAUUUCAUUAAAAUAAAUUUCAUUCAGAUUAUAUAACUUAAUACAUUCUUUUCUUUGAAGCAAUUAAUAAUGUAAAAAUGUAAUUAGAAAAAGAUGUGUGAAGUUAUGUAAUUAACGAUAGAAAAUUUUACAGAAAUAAGAAUACAAAAAAUAAAUAUGUAGUGUAGAAGGUAUACUGAAAUGAAGAUUCCAUAGAAACAAUCAUAUUAAUCAACAGUAAUUUGAUCUAAUAUGAUUACAAUUAAAAAAAAAAAAAAAUAAGAAUGGUAAAGUUUAAGUACGGAUGCAGCUAGCCUUUCAAUGUAAUUAAGAUUGAACACAUUAAUACUCAUAGCUUAUUUACUACAUGUCAACGGUACUUUGGCUACAUGUACUGUACAUCAUUUGAUGCAAGGGAGGUAACUCUGUGAUUAUUACUACAUCUUUUAAAGGUGUUAAAAUUUUCAUUAUUUUAUACCAGUAUAUAGCAUAUUUAAUUGAUUUUAAUAUUUUUUUUAAACAAAUUUUGAUGAGUCUGACAUUCUCUUUAUCAUACACUUUUUACACAUCAUAAAAUUAUGUCAGAUAACACAUAUUUAAUGUUUAGAUUUUAACUAUUUUGCAAGAAUCCAAGAAAAAAGUCACCAAAUUUGUCUUUGCUGUAAAUUCAUGAUGUGAUAUUGUAUUGUUUAUUGUUGAUAAGUAUUACCAUAUAUAAAUCUCCUAAAGCUUCUAAUGUAUAAAAUGUAAAUAAAGCUGU